AGAACCCCAAAACAUCAAACCGGUAGCGCAUUCCCGAACGAAAAAUAUACCACCAUGAAGAUUAUACCAACCGUCACAUCUUUGGCGCUCCUCGCCAUUUCGAUACGUGCCUUUACCCCCACACUAGCACCAAGGCAUACCCAUGCGUCUAGUAAAACAUGGGCGGCAAGCUUGGAAGAGCCUGCGUACGAAGGGACCAUUGAUCAGGAACGGCGGAAUUUGAUGAAUUUAAUCGUACUGGGAUCGGGCGCCGUCACCGUUGGUGGAUUCGGCGUUCCCUACCUGGCGUUCUUUAUGCCUCCGUCUGUAGCGGGAGGAUCGAACUGCGUCACUGCACGGGAUAAAAAAGGUAUCGAGGUGGAUGCCAAGAAAUAUUUGGAAGAGAAACCAGAGGGUGAUCGCUCCCUGGUAGAAGGCUUGAAAGGAGAUGCGACAUACUUGAUUGUCAAAGACGACAAGACGUUUCAAAGCUACGGAUUGAAUGCUAUUUGCACGCAUUUAGGUUGUGUCGUCCCGUGGUCGGAAGCCAACAAUAAGUUUAUUUGCCCUUGUCACGGGUCCCAAUACGACGAGGAAGGAUCCGUCGUCCGUGGACCGGCACCGCUUCCUUUGGCCUUGGCACACGUCGAUGUGCAGGACAACAAAGUUCGCUUAGGUCUUUGGUCGGAAGUCGAUUUUCGUACCGGUGAACCGGGUUGGUGGAACUAGAGAAUAAUAACUUACAUACAUUGUCUAGAUAUAUCCACCGAUAUCGUCCGAGU